GCCGUGCUGCUGCCUGGAGGUGAACCUGGCUCUGUGGUGCAUGUUGUUGUUGUUGGAUGGGAGGUCUCCGAGAGGGAAGCUGAGGUUUAUGCUAGGUCCCACCUGGAGAAGACAACUUGUGGGCCAGGAUGCGCCGAAUGAUGAAAGAAGAGUCAAGCUUCAGGCCCAGCAGCCUGGAGGAGGUGAGGAGGGACUCCAGCAAGGAAAAGCUGCAGGUGAAGCUCUGCAGCGGCUCCUGCCACGCCGAGCAGAUCCUCCAGACCCUCAACUCCUACCGCCGGAGCGGCAUCUUCACCGACGUGGUGCUGCUCAUCGACGGGCAGGAGUUCCCCUGCCACCGCGCCACCCUGUCCGCCAACAGCACCUACUUCAGGGCCAUGUUCGGAGGCAGCCUCAAGGAAGGCCACCAGGACAUCAUCAACCUCCAGAAGAUCUCUGCUUCCGCCAUGUCCCUCCUGCUUGACUACAUGUACGGGGGGGACAUCGUCCUUCAGGAGGACAACGUCGAAGGCAUCCUGGAGCUGGCCGACCUGCUGCAGCUCUCCGAGCUGAGGGACGCCUGUGUCACCUUCCUGGAGGGCCAGCUCCACCCCUGCAACUGCCUGGGCAUCAUGAAGUUCGCUGACUCCUUCUCCAUCGCCUCCCUGGCGGAAAAGAGCAAGAGGUUCCUGCUGGAGGGCUUUGUGGAGGUGUCUCAGCACGAGGAGUUCCUGGAGAUGGGCGUGAAGGAGCUGGUGGAGUACCUGUCCGACGAGCAGCUGGUGGUGCCCAAGGAGGAGGUGGUCUUCGAAGCGGUCAUGCGCUGGGUGCGCCACGACGAGCCCGGCAGGAAGGGAGCUCUGAAGGACCUCCUGGAGCACGUCAGGCUGCCCUUGCUCGACCCCACCUACUUCCUGGAGAAGGUGGAAAUGGAUGGACUCAUCCAGGACUCCAAGGAGUGCAUUCCUCUGCUGCACGAGGCUCGCAAGUACUACAUCCUUGGGGAUGAGGUCAGCUCUUUGAGGACAAGACCCAGAAGGUUCAUGGAGCUGGCAGAAGUCAUCAUUGUCAUCGGGGGCUGUGACAAGAAAGGCCUUCUGAAGCUGCCCUUUACUGACCUCUACCACCCAAAGAGCAGGCAGUGGACAGCCCUCUCCAGCCUGCCUGGCUACACCAAGUCAGAGUUUGCUGCCUGCACACUGAAGAAUGAUGUGUACAUAUCAGGAGGACACAUCAGCAGCAAUGAUGUCUGGGUGCUGAGCUCCCAGCUGAACGUCUGGAUCAAGGUUGCUUGCCUGCAGAAAGGCCGAUGGAGGCACAAGAUGGCAACGCUUCAGGGCAAGAUCUACGCCGUGGGAGGCUUCGAUGGGUUUUAUCGCCUCUCCAGCAUGGAGUGCUAUGACACCUUCUCCAACAGCUGGGCAACCUUGGCCCCACUGCCUCAAGCUGUGAGCUCAGCAGCUGUGGUCUCCUGCCUGAACAAGCUCUACGUGCUGGGGGGUGCUGUGGAUGACACCACGAACACCGACAAGGUCCAGUGCUAUGAUCCAGAGGACAACAAGUGGACACUCUUGUCUCCCACCCCUUUUUACCAGAGGUGCAUCAGUGCUGUCUGCUUGGACAACAUCAUUUAUGUAGUAGGUGGACUCCUCAGUAAAAUCUUCAGCUAUGAUCCAAGGAAUGACAGCUGGCAAGAAGUAGCCAUCCUCCCUGGACCUCUGGAGAGCUGUGGCCUGACAGUGUGUGGAGGGAAGAUUUACAUCCUGGGGGGCCGAGACGAGAACGGGGAAGGCACGGACAAGGCCUUCACCUUCGACCCUGUGACGGGGAGCCUGGAGCAGCAGCCACCGCUGCAGCGCUGCACCAGCUACCACGGCUGUGUCACCAUCCUCCAGCGCAUGAACAGAUGACCUCUGGGCUCUAGCUGUGUCCACCUCGCACCUAGAGCCUCCCAUUCAGACCCUGACCCUGUGGGCAGACAUCUCACCUUCGUGUGGGGAAGGAUAACACAAGCUACUGAAGAUGAUGUCCUCCAACCAGCCCCAGAGCAGCCUCUGGUUUGUUUUUUUCCUGGCCUGGUGGUGCCAGUGGCUUUGGUGCUGAUCUAGCUGAGAGGAGGAAAAGGUGCUUGGCUGUGUGAAGCUGCAGCACAGACCUUGCCACAGUAGGAUUUCAGUAUCCAUGCAGCCCCUGGAACUACUGAAUUUGACUUUUACUUGGCUUUUCCUGGUUCUGGAUCUGAGUUGUCUGUCAUGUUGGCAGCAGAAGCUCUCUGUCCUACAAGGACAAGCAUUUGCUGCUUUGAUAGAAUCAUGGAACUGUUUUGGUUGGAAAAGACCUCUAAGGUCACCAAGUCCAACCAUCAACCCACCAUGGCCAUUAAACCAUGUGUGACACCCAAGACUGUUGCAGUAACAAACACAGCUGCAGGAUCCAAUUCUUUAGCUGGAGUCAUCAGACAUUUGUGCAUUCAGCUGGGUAGAAGCUUGUGUCAAACCAUGGUGAUGACCACAGUGGUCAUUGACAUCCACUGUUAGUCCCAUUACAGCAUAGAGCUGAGGUUGAGGCUUCAAAGCUGAUAUCCCAAAACAAUUUCUCCACUAAAUCCCCCAAAGCCUGGUUCAAUAGUCUGGAUUCUGACUCUAAGAAGAGUCUGCUCCCCUAAAGCACAGAGUGCUGUCUCUAUCCAGAUGUGCUUUGUGGUUGGACUGCUGUCCCACUGUCAUUGGGAAGACAAAUGGAUCAUGGAGCCUAGAGUUCCUUCUUCAGAGAGCAGAGGUGGGGGGAAAUGUUCUGUAAGAAUUAAGCAUGAAGACCUGAGGUAGUCAUGGAAUCACACCUGGCUCAUUUUGACUCUGGAGUAUGCUAGCAAGUAUGAAAACAACCCCAGUGUUGAAGAGAUUUGAUGCAGGAUCCAUGAGAACCUUGAUGUGCAGCUCAUUUGAAGGGCAAGUGUUUGAGCUCGUGGCCUGCAUUGCUCCAAGCCUCUUGGUGUCAGGUCUGGAAGUGACCCUAAGCACAUUUCCUAGAAUGCUUUGGCUUGGAAGGGACCUUUAAAGGCCUUCUGCUUAUUUGGUGGCCACCUUUGAUUUGGUAGAAUAGUUUUUGGUGUCAGUGUCUUUAGUCCAUGUCUGGAACUGAGAGUUUCUGAUGGCUCCUUGGAAAUGUUCAUGGUGUUCAGUUAGGGGCUUAGAAGUUGCCUAAUGUAGAGUGGGGUCUCUUAAAACUCCCAUGACUUGUGUGUUGCAUGGUGCACCCCUCCACAGCAGGCUGCUGGCUGGCUGCUGUUUUCCCUGCACCUUCUUUUCCUCACCCCAAUGAUGAGUUCAUCCUGAAGUAGAGGGAAUUGCUGGUCCAGACAUUUCCCUUGUCUUAAACCUCUUGGAUGUUGCCUGCUCCCUCAUACAGCUGGGUUUCUUGUGGUCCUCUUCAGUACUUCUGUUUUCUGGUGGCUCUGAGAAGUUAACCAUUCUUUGUCCUUC